UGCUGCGAUGCCUGAGCCGGCCAAGUCCGCUCCCGCGCCCAAGAAGGGCUCCAAGAAGGCAGUGACCAAGACGCAGAAGAAAGGCGACAAGAAGCGCAAGAGGAGCCGCAAGGAGAGCUACUCCAUUUACGUGUACAAGGUGCUGAAGCAGGUGCACCCCGACACGGGCAUCUCGUCCAAGGCCAUGGGCAUCAUGAACUCCUUCGUCAAUGACAUCUUCGAGCGCAUCGCCGGCGAGGCGUCGCGCCUGGCGCACUACAACAAGCGCUCCACCAUCACCUCGCGGGAGAUCCAGACGGCCGUGCGGCUGCUGCUGCCCGGCGAGCUGGCCAAGCACGCUGUCUCCGAGGGCACCAAGGCUGUCACCAAGUACACCAGCUCCAAGUAGAUCCCUGUUUUAAAGAACCGUUUAACCCAAAGGCUCUUUUAAGAGCCACCCACCUUUUCGAUAAAAGGGCUGUACAAUCAAUUCGAUUCAUUAGUGUGGGUUGUAGAUUUACAGUUAACUUUCAUAAGUCCUACUAUUUUUAUAAAAUAGUCUCUUUUUCUGUGUCGGGCAAUACAGAGUUAAUCUGGGCACAAAUUGCAUGUUGCAGUGGCGGUUUUGUAUUACAUUUUCUUACUAGGAAAUACUGUUUCCUUAAUUUAUAGUUUUAUUGUGCUUUUAUUUUAAGGUUAUGCUAGCACAAUAUUUCUUGUGCAAUAUGUCUGUAUUGAUUUUAAGUAUAUUCCUGUUUUAUGCAUUUUAAUAUGAAGGAAAACCUAUGUGUUCUGUAGCUUUCCAAUCUGGAAAGAGUCAAAAUGAUUACUAACAGAAAUUUGUCUAUGCACAUCUUUGUAACUGCUUUAACAACAUCGCCCACAUGAUGGUGCUCAUGCGCCUCUCUUUAGCGAAAGUAAGAGGUGCCUACAGUGCACUUUACUGUAAAAGAAUUUACAUGGUACCAAGUGUAUUUAUCUUAAUAAGGUCUUACCAAUAGAUCAAUGAUUAAUACAGCACUGAAGUCCUUUCUAAAAGUUAUUUAUCUUCAGCAAUUUUCUUAGUAAUUAUACCAUGCAUGUGAUUUUUGCAGGAACUAAGAACACAAAGUGAAGAUGAAGUAUUUCAUACCUACCUGACCUUUCCUAUUGUUAUAUGUCAUUGAUUUCAUUCAAACUGUAAACAACUUAGAAACUAGCCACUGUGUCCUCCCUUCAUACAUUAUCGGAGAGGUUAUAAUAUAACUACUAAUGGGCCCUAAAGCCUUUCAGCUGCAAACCAUAUCUUUUUCUGAAUCAUUUCAUUGCAUUUUGGGGUAAUUAGACACUGCUGUAGGUGCAGAUCAAAGACAUUAUCACUUUCACUCAAAUGGGAUCUAGAUAAUCCUAAAUUCCAAGCAUGUUUUGUGGAAAUGUGAACACACGCAGUCCAUACAGGGACCACAGAAUCACAAAAGUCAGCCUUGCCAGUGUUGACCACGUAUUGUUUGGUGGCGUAGGUAGAGACAGACAUUAGGUCCUUUAAAUUGGCCACUGACUUCAGUUACUUUCAGCAUGAAGGUUGAUGGAGACCUGUUAGGUUGGAUUUCAGUUACCUACUGGUAGGAGGAAUCCUCCAUACUUGGCUCUCCAGCAGCUUCAAAUAGAGUUUAGAGAUGAAACCUCCUUAUGGCAAACCCUAAAGAAGAGUUUGCAUAUUCUGGGCCUUACUGUGUAUCUGUUACUUUAAAAAGAUUAAGAAACAAUGGCAUAUUGGAAUAGACUGCCUAAGGAAGUGGUGGAGUCUCCUUCCCUGGAGGUGUGCAAAGGUGUUCAUCUAGUUCUGGUUGGUGGUCUCUUGAUUUGUUAUUGAUUUUCUUGGUCAUUGGGCUGGCCUUCUUGCAAAGUUACCUUAUCCUCUUAGAACUGUUUCCUUGGUCCUUAUCAUCUGUUUUCAGCUAGUUCCAUGUUUGCAGCACUAGUUCUAUUAAAAAGAGUGCUUUCUGUCAUGUCUUGCACCCUGAGGCUUCAACUGCCUUAUCUUCUAGUGCUAAUGCAAAACUACUAAUCCUAUCAAUUCUCAAUACUUUAAACAGGUGCUUUGUGAUGUAUUUUUAUUUACACUCCAUGUCUGUCCUCAAAAUACCUCUUCAUUCACAGCAACUAAGAUAGGGUUUAUUUAUUUUUGGUUAUAUAAACAUUUUUUUUUAAAAAUACUUUGUCUGAAUCAAUAAUCUUUUGCAUAUCAAAUUAUAAGAGUUACAUUACAGUUUACUCCUGUAGUGAAUAACCAGCCAUAAAAAAAUACUUAAGAACAAUUUUGUAACAAACAGUUACAAAAAAAAUCCCCUAUCUCAUUUUUAAUACAAUAAUAAAGUUAGCAUUCCUGGAAAGGCUUAUAUCUUCCCUAGAUUGGCCUACUUACAGUACAAUUUAUGUUUAUUAAUCAUCAUGUUUGUAAAAAAUGUGAUUUGCUUUUCCUGCAGAAUUGAAAUACACCAUCUGGGCAAACAAAUAACUGCAUUGUCUACUUAACUGACCUAUCAGUGAAUCAGAAACCAGAAACAGAUGCCAUGCACCUGAUCAAAAAACCUCAACAAGCCGUAUACUGACUAUAUUAAUUUUAUAUCACUUCAUGGUGUUUUUUUUAAUGAAGGAAAUCAAUACUCAUCUACUUAUGAAACCAAAUUGUUAUCCCUAAUGGCCAGAGGUUAUAAUUACUCAACAAAGAAAACAGAAUAUGGCUAUGUUAGCUUACCAGAAACUUUAUUUUCCAAUUUUAAUAGAAAAGAAUAUACUUCAAAAUAAUUAGCUUUGAGGGGGAAAGUAUUACAUGCAAUUAUGGAAAAAGAUUUGGUUUUAUAUAUACCUUGCUGUGAUGCUUUUGGCCAUUAAUGAACAUGUACCAGGUUCAGAUUUUAAAGGAAAAAAUCUAAUCCUUGGGCUCCAAAAACGUGGUCUCAGGGUUGUGCUGUACUACAGCACAAUACAGCUCAAGACAUGCUACAAAUCUUACUGGAGAAGAGGGCUGGAAGUUCAGGGGAAUGCAGCUGGGAACACCCCUUCUCCCUUCCCAGCUCACAUACCUACAAGGAAGGAAGAAGACUCAUUAGAAAGAGCAGGAACAGCUCUUUCCUCUAGAACUGGGGGCACAGAACCAGAUGCCUGUGUAGUUUGAAAGAGGUUUUUAGGUUUUGGGUGGAGUUUCUUUGAUGGCUGAAAAAAAUUGUGUUUGACUGCCAGUCCUGAUGGAGAGGUUGCUUCAAACACAUUCCUUGUCAAAAAUGAUACCAAGUAUCAAUUGCAAGUUUAUUCCAUUCAUUUUUUAACACAGGAAACUUCAGGAAGAAAUUUUGGACAUAUUCACAUUUUUAAACUAGUAAAUAAGUAGUUUAUGCCUAAAAGGAGUAACAAGACAGCUUGGAAUUUUCACUACUGGUAAAA